AUGUUGUUUGCUAAUUACGUCAACGGGGUUCUCUCUGAAAGUGGGUUAUUAUUUUCGACAGAGUCCCGAGAUCAUGGCACAAAUGAAUGGGAAAAGAGUCUGUUGGUGAAUGUCGCCAAAGUUAUAAAGGGAUUGGAUUUAGGACAAGGAAAAGAUGCGAUUAGCUUGAAGAAACAAAUUAAUAGAAAUGUUAUACGACAGACAGACAAUGACACGCAGCUUGAAGAUCCUGGCUGCGACGCUUGUCAGAUCGUGUUGGAACUCAUAGAUGAGAUCGAUGACAAGGGUCUCACAUUGAACGACUCCUGGGUAGAGGUGAAAGGUACUGUUGAACUACUAUGCGAGUUAGUUUUGGACAUGUCAUCGCUGAGGGGUUCUGUCAUGUGUCCAGGAUUGUUGGACAACUUUGGUACACAUUUGAUGUUUAUUCUACGCAACUCGUCCAGGCCAAGAACUGAAAUGUGUCACAUCCUAGAAUUCUGUUUGCCCCCAAAACCAGCCGACUAUAUCCCCAACUCACCGAUGCCUGUUAAACUACCAAUGGAAAGCAACCCGACAAGAAGAAUGGGUCCUCAAAGAGAGCGAACGAGAAGAGCGACAAAGGUUGAUGACAUAAGAAUCGUUCAAAUUGCCGAUAUACACUAUGACAAUAAAUAUGAGGAGGGAUCACAAACAGACUGUGGCUUGAUUAUGUGUUGUGCAAAUGACAGAAAUUACGUCGGUGGCUCGGGAAAUGCUGGAAAAUGGGGCGACUAUAGCUGUAAUACACCGAAGAGGACAUUCGAAUAUUAUUUACAGAACAUCAAUAACGUUUCAAACUCAUACGAUGCCGUUAUAUAUACAGGUGAUCACCCUCCUCACGCAAUCUGGGAAGAGACGCUGGAGUUACAGACAGGGAUGUCAAGAGAAGUAGUAGAUUCCUUUAAAACCCAUCUUCCAAACGCUACUGUCUACUUCAACCUUGGAAAUCACGAAUUUUUCCCCACAAAUCAGUAUUACUUAGAAAGACCAGAAGUCCAGCAAUUGCUGGAGAGCUUGUCUUCAUGGUGGUCUGAGGUGUCUGAUCUGGACCAGACGCAGAAGAACAAUAUAAAGAACAAUGGCCACUACACGACAAUAGUGGCCCCGGGUCUUCGGGUUAUCUCAUUCAAUACUAACUAUGGCUAUGGCAUGAACUUCUAUAAUGUCCUUAACUUCAACUCUGCCGCAUAUAACGAUUCCAAGAUGUUUGUGGAAAACAGUUUAGAAGCCGCAACUGUGGCCAAUGAGAAGGUUAUUAUGGUCGGUCACCAUCCACCGGGAAGUGUAGAACCGACAUGGUCAAAGUGGUACAAUGACCUUAUGGUACGUUAUGCUGAUGCGGUUGUCCUACAGAUGGGUGGCCAUACUCACAACGAUCAUUUUCAAUUGAUACGGGAUUACAACACGGGAGCCCCCAUGGGUGUAUAUAGCAUUGCCUCCUCCAUGACAACAAAUGGUGAAGUCAAUCCGUCUGCCCGAGUGUAUAUAUUAGAUGGCACCACUCUCGCCCUGAAAGAUAUCGAACAAUACAGAUUUGACAUUAGAAAGGCACAAGCUGGCAACAAGGAACCCCAUAUCGAACUGACGUACAAAGCUACAGAAUACUAUGGUAUGCCCGACCUCUCACCGUCAUCCUGGAUGGAUCUAACAGAAAGAAUGUUAAUGAAUGAAACGUUAUUUCGGAUGCACUACGAGAACCACUGGGCGAGAUCUGGUAGGGCAGGAGAAUGCGAUGACGUAUGCAAACACGAAUAUGUGUGCAACCUGAGACACGCCAGGGGUGACCAUGCCUUCUGGUGCAAGAUGGACUACAAUAACCAAACUACAGCAAUAUCUUCUACAACGACGGUGCCACCAACAACUACAACAUUAGCGACGACACCAACGAACACAGUUGCAAUGGCGACGUCUACGCCGACGUCUAGAGGCGGUCGACGUUUCAGCUCGUUGAUUUUAUUCUGUAUUUGUGUCAUAUCUACGAUUUCAUUCAGAUUAUGAUAACCUAUAGCAAAUUACUUAUACAGCUGUUGUACAAAUUCCUGUAAGCCAAUGAAGAAAACAAAAUGUUCUGUGAACAAAGAAUGAUUACAUUUCUGAUCGAGGCUGAGCAAAAGAUUCAAUAACUACUGUUAUGUUACUUUAACGUUUGUUUAGAUUUACAAUAUUAAUACUCUGUGUAUAUACCAUCCUUGGUCCAAGGGUGUUUCACUUCAUUCCAUAGCUGCUGUAUUUAUAGCAGUGAAGCCGGAUCUUGAGGGAUGUGUAUAUAUCGUCCAUGGUAUAAUCUAUACAUACCCUUUAAGGGGAGAUAUGAGAAAUAAAUAAAUAAAAACAUAAGAUUCAAAACUCAAAAUGUGAGGUAUUUUUGUAUACUAAUGUUUAUCAGUAAUUUAUAACAAAUAUCUCAUGAUAUGUCCUGAUAGUAUUGAACUUUUUUAUCUUCAAAUGAAUAAAUAUCGGUCGUUGUACUGGGCAAGAAUGUACAUAAUUUAGAUACUUAAAUUAUCUUCAUGGUAUGUAAAGAGUCUUUUCUCAUUGUUUGUGGAAUUCGGAAAUUAAAAAAGUGUGAUACCAAUGUUCAGUAUUCAAUAAUAAAUUGAAAAUUAAAAAUGUAAAUCUUUUACAUUUUUCAAGUUUGAAUGCACGAUAGCUUUUAUCGAUAAACCGAGUUAAGUGCAGUUCAAUAAAGAACUACUUAGGUGACCCGGAAUGGAUGAUUUUUUGACAGGUUUGCGCAUGCUGUCAGUUUGCGAGUCUAGUGUUAAUGUUUUUGAGAGAUUGUACA